AUGGUUGUACGGAUCAUUGUGGAGCAGAAAAUCUGUCCCUCUACAGAGUUUGUCCUGGAGUACAUGGACUGGUCUAUCUCCAAAGCAGAGGCUCAUCGAAUCGCCUUUGGAUCUUCCGCAGCAGGUCUUCGUAUCAAUCCUGCGCACGAUGGCAUCAAUGUCAAUCAGUCAGUCGUUGAGACUGUGUUGAAGCUAUCGCCGGCUAAGAUCCUUGAGCUUGUUGAGACGCGUUUCUCUAAGGGGAGUCUCCUUCGAAAGAUCAAGAUCGAGCAUCCGGGUCUUUCUAGAGAGUGGGAGAGUUUGAGUUUCGCCAUCAGGGCUAUCACAGAAGAGCGCAAGUUGCAGAACGGCUACGUUGGUCUGAUAGGUGAUUGGAGUGGUGGUAUUCUCGACGAGGAUGACGAGGAUCUCGACCUUCGAGAAGCGGGGAGUCAUUUUGCCGGAGAUGAUGCCGGACUUAAUCUGGGUGAUGAUAUUGAUCUGGUAACCAUGCCCAGAGGCUGUCUCGAUCCUGACGAACUGUGA